AUGAAGCCUGCUCUGGCCACCGCAACGGAGAAGCAAGUUUCCGAUUCCGAAAUGGGAUCAGAUUCCGAAAGUGAUUCGGAAUUGGGAUCUGAGAAGGUUGUGACGAAGCCUUCUGUCGCCGCCACAAAGGGGAAGGACAAGAGGGUUGAGACGAAGCCUUCUGUCGCUGCCACAACGGAGAUGGAUUCUGAAUGUGAUUCUGAAUUUGAACCCGACAAGGUUGUGACAAAGCCUGCUCUUGCCACCGCAACGGAGAAGGAUUUCGAAAGUGAUUCUGAAUCUGAACCCGAGAAGGUUGUAACAAAGCCUUCUCUCAACGCCACAACAGAGAAGGAUUCCGAAAGUGCCUCCGAAUCUGAACCCAAGAAGUUUGUGACAAAGCCUUCUGUCGCCGCCACAACAGAAAAGGAUUCCGAAAGUGAUUCCAAAUCUGAACCCGAGAAGGUUGUGACUCUCGCUGCCACAACGGAGAAGGAUUCCAAAUCUGGCUCUCAAUCUGGAUCCGAAGAAGUGGCUUCCGAGAGGAGUGUUUAUGAAAAGGGUCAAGGUCGUGUUAGUGGAGAGGAAACUAUACUUCCACGGUUAUGGACUAAAGAUGAUGAGAUGCUUGUUUUACAAGGUGAUGAUCCGACAUUUGUCAAAGCUCGUGAUCAAAAGGCCUUUGACUUGUCUAAGCUUGUUUGGGGAGCUCCUUAA